ACCGUCCGCGCUAUCAGAAAUGUGAAGCGCGCCACAUCAUUUGCACGAUGAGCAGCUUUUGGAUCCGAUCGAAGUCGCGCGGGUUUCACCUUGGGGGAGGGACGCGAAAAGACCCGAGCAGUUGCGGAAAAUCUUCCGCGUCAGACAGUCAAGUGGAAAGGGAAUUCUAUUUUGUUGGAGGCUCGUCGAGGGUCGAAAGGCGAAGGUGAGGAUGAUGAUGCAGGAGAGACUAUCGACAGAGUAAAGCGAUCAAGUGUUGAGGAGACGAGCUGGCUUUUGCGAUGAAGGAUCGUCUGGCCGAUCUGACCGCCAGGAGAGCAUCGGCGGACGAAGAUGGGCUCGCUGUGCCGGUGGAGCGAGAAGGUUUGAUGGAGGGUUUCUUCAGGAGGGUGGAGGAGCUUCGAGCGCUGAUCGACCGGAUCCACGUCCAAGUGCAAGACAUGAAGAAGGUGCACAGCAUGAUGCUGUCUGCGCCGCACCCGGAUGACAAAACAAAAGAUCGUCUUCACGCCCUGACCAGCGAUAUCAAGGGCAAUGCCACGGUGGUGCGGACAAAGCUGAAAUGUGAGUCCGCUUCCAAAGGCGUUGCGCUCCCACGCAGGGCACAAGUCAUUAACGUCUGCGCUUCUUGCACCCAAGCCAUGGAGCAGAACAUGCCCAAAGAUGAGGCGGCCGAGGCAUCCUCCGUCGGCUUCAGGAUCCAGAAAACACAGCACAUGGUGCUGUCCAGGAAGUUUGUGGAGGUCAUGACCCAGUACAACGAGACACAAGUUUCUUUUCGGGAGCGAAGCAAAGGACGGAUCCAAAGACAUCUGGAAAUAACUGGACGGGUGACCACCAAUGAAGAACUGGAAGACAUGCUAGAGAGUGGAAUUCCAUCCAUCUUCACAUCUGAGAUCAUUUCGGACUCCAAGAUCGCACGUCAGGUGGUGGAUGAGAUCGAAUCACGCCACCAGGACAUCAUUCGAUUGGAGUCCAGCAUUCGAGAGCUGCACGCCAUGUUCAUGGACAUGGCAACGCUGGUCGAAACUCAGGGAGAAAUGGUCAACAACAUCGAGAGCAACGUUUCCAAUGCAGCUGAAUACAUUUGCCGAGCUAAAGAAGAAACCAAAAAGGCCGUAAGAUACCAGAAAAAAUCCAGGCGGAAAUUGAUCAUCCUUGCCUUUGCUUUGCUGAUCCUGCUUGCCGUCAUUGCCUUGAUUGUGGGCUUGUCCGUCGGACUGACCAAACCCCCUGCUUGACGCGCCGAUCAGAGAAUAAGAGACCACUCUGCUUUCCUGUGAGUGGAGUUGCGAGUGUCCUCAUUUUCCUCAUUGCACGAGUUGGCGUCUUCGGGUGAAGGAUUACGUGGGUCACGACCUCACAGUAAUCUCUUGUUCCUGUACUGAUCACGUUUCCAAUAGCGCCGUCUCAUUGACCUUGUAACCGCAUUACAGGAAGCAACCCAAUCAAGUAUGACAAGUUGUCUUGUUUUUCAUCUUUGCAGCAGGAACACAAAAACCUCGUGACCGCACUCAACCUCACUGGCCUCAACAUUAGCUACCACUGCGCCUUCAAACAAGAUUUAAACAAAAACUGUUGAAAUUCUGAGUCUAAAAAGUCAUUUGAUGACAAAAUGUCUGCCAUCAUCAGAAAGCGGAGACGUAUUGAUGUAAUCCAACGUGAUUCAGCUCCUCCAUUGGAUUCCAUUGUGCAAGUGUGCCUAAUGUUGCGGCUCUCCAGUCUAGAGUUCUGUGAUGAAACCAGUGCUGACAGAUUUGUGGGUAUUUUGGAACACUGAUAUAUUGUAGAUCCAUUUAAAACAACAAAAAAAAGGUCUGUUGGACCUUUCUUCUUUUGUGAUAAUAUUCUAGUUUAGAAAUGCAGAAAACAGCCUUUUGACUAACAUCCACCGACCGUAGCAUAAAGACAAAACAACAACAAAAGCACGUUUGCAAGAAUGAGGUUUAUGUGGCAGACUUCUGUUGUCCUGAUUUUUCGCCGAUGUGCGAGACCAACAACAAAACGAGUCACCAUCAGGCCAGCCCAAAUGUUUCAUAAGCUCACUUGAGCUUUUUGGGCUUUGGCAAAGCAAUUAUUGACUCAGAGUCACCCAAAGUGAAUACGAGUGUGUUUAUAUCUCAGGAUCUUGUUUGUUUGCAACACUUUUUGAAAAGAAGGAAUGUUCCUUUUGUGUCAGAUUGUCCACCUGCGAUUGAGCAUUAUUCAUAUGCUUAGCUUAACUUAGCACAUAUGUGAACUUAGAACUCAAAAAUGUGAAUUUGUGCCUUCUCUAUACCUGAUUAAAGCAUUUUUCAUUGGGAACGCGAUGUGGGAAAGGUGUGUAAAAAUAUUUUUGAUGUCAUUGCUAGGGCACAUUUUACUCAUUGUGGGAAAAACAAUCAUUUAUAUUGCUUCAAUCUUGUGAAUUAUAUUUUGUAUCAAAGUUGAGUGAAAAAUGUGAAUAAAAAUGAAAUAGUUUCAAAACAUUACUUUCGCCAUUAUGUCCACAUGAGGUCACGAUGCCCAUCAGUUGAUCAAAAAUAAGGCUGAGGUUUUAUUUCCCCAAAACAUUGAAUAUUAUUGUAAGAUUGUGAA